AUGGCAACAAAAACUCGAAAAAAUGAAAAAUGUGAUUCUGCUUGGGAGUUUGAUGAAAAGCGAUUGAGGGAUCUUAUCAAGGAGUCUUUUCUGAAAUACUUAGGACCAGUAGAGCAGAAAAUUGAAAGCAAAAUCAAAGACCUGAGUGAAUCUAUUCAAUACAUGUCAGACUCUUUUGAGGAUCAAAAGCGGGCAUUGGAAAAAGUGUCUUGUUGGAAAAUAAGACACUAA